CCUCUUCAAGCAGCACAGCCUCAUUCAGGCAUAGGGGGAAACCCAAUUGUGUCAUCUUCCGGCCAACGCUUAAGUCCGGCGAUGGCGCCCAAGUCAUUAGACUCCCCAUCACAUAACACGCUACAACAUUCCACAAACCUCCCAAGCCGGGGAUCUUUGAAAAUAGCUUCGCCCAGCUACGUGAUUAUGAGUCCGCUAUCUUCACUUCACUGUGGAUAUUUGGAGAACUCAUCCAAAGAAUAUAAUCUCCUGUCAGAAGAGGUCGGAGGCGAGAAUGGAUGCGGUGAGAAAGAGUUAAAGUGUGCUAGAAGCAAUAGUCAUGAACAGGUUGGGAAAAUAGAAAAAGUGAUAACUAAUGAUAUGGGCCAUAUUAAUAAUCGACAUGCUCCGAUUCAAGGACGACAGCAACCUCCGCUAGCCAUGUCUAGAAUAAGCAGAGAACUAAGUACCAUUCAGGAUUCAGGUGAAUCUUUGGAUGAAAAAUGCAUAAAAGAGGUUCCAUUUAGUCAAAGGAGGCCAGCUGAAAUAACUUCGAGAGGAUGCUUUGUAUAG